AUGAUUAAAAAUGGAUAAAAAUAGUUGAAUCUCUUUGUUACAUCUGAUUUUUGGCCAGAGUAAGUGAAUCCUACAGGUAUUUUAUGGUAGAAUCACCAGAUUUCAAUUAAAUGUUUAGAAAAAAAUAUAUAAAAAAUGUAGGUGUUAAUGUUAGUUUUAGCUUCUAAUCUUGGAAGUGUUUAGAUUUAGGAAUAGAUAGAUAAAACAUUGAAAUCUUUGAGAAAAAAUGGGUCCUAGCUUUAGAAGUUGAAUGACAAUAACAUCAGAGUGCACUUAAGUUUAUUGUUAAUGUAAAGAGAGAAAUCAUUCGAGCCAAUUUAAGAAUUAAUGAAUGAAAUAAUUGAUAAGAUUUGCUAGUAAGAAUUAGGAGAUAGAUUGGAAUUAAAUAAAGUUUUGCUAAAAAAUAUGCAUUUGCUACCUUUGGAAGAAUAAAUGGAAAUUUUAGAAUAAGAAGCCUCAAUAUUACAAAAUUUGCAGUAAAAGAUAGAUCUGCCUGAUUAAUUGCAAGAGGUUAUUAUGGAAUUGGAAGAUGAUUUAAUAAAAGUUUAGGAUAAGAAUACCAAAUAAUUAAAUAAUCUUAUAGGACAUUUAGAAGAAAUCAAUAGAUAUUUAUUAUAUUAAUAUAAUAUUAAAUAGACAGGACAAUUUGCAUUAAGGAUUUCAAGAUUCCGAAUUUAGCAUCAUUAAUUUGAGUUAGAAAAUCUAGAAAAGCUGAUAAUUCAUUAUUAAGAUUAUUAAGUAGCGGAUUCAAUUGGAAAAAGCAUUUAUAAUUCUGAAACUAAUCUUGCUUCUAUUACUUUCGAUAAAUAUUUAAGCAAAACUCCAAUUGAUUUUAAAUUUGAUUAAUUUUUAAAUUUCUAAAGACUUCGAGAAACAGAAUUAGAGUUAAGCGUUUCGUAAUAGAACAUUCAAGAGGAAUCAUAAACAAUAGUUUCAAUUCAAACUGAAAUGUGUCAUAGUUGUAGAUAAAUGAUAGAAAUAACCGAUUUAUAAUAAUGUAAAUACAAUCAUGCAAAUAUGAAAUUACAAUAAUUCAAUGAAGAUUUACUGAUCUAAUAGAGAUAUGCAAUUUCUAAAAGAUAAAUACAAUAAUUUUAUACAGAUCUCUAUUCUGCUAACUAUAUUAUAGAAAACAAUUAAAUUCAGUGCUAAAAGUAUUUUUGUUUUAAAUGUUUGUAAUAUGAAUUUAAAGACUAUGAUGUUUCUGGGCUCAACUGGAUUUGCCCGUAAUGCAAAGGAUUAUGUUUCUGCAUCAGAUGCUAACGUAAUGAUUCUAUUUACAAAUUGAAAAGAACAUUUUUAGAGAUUGGUGGUAAUUUAGAAAGUUUGUACUAAUAAUCAACCUUCGAGAUACUAGUUGAAAAUAAGAGGAAACUAAUUAAAAAUAUUCCAUUAGAUUUCUUUAAUAUUUAAAAAAUUCACUCGGAAAAUAAAGAGACUCUUACAUCAAAAGGUUUAUUCAAAAAAAAGAAUAAGAAUACAAUAAAUAAAAAGAUAAAAAAAUAGAAAAGCAGUGAAACUACAAUCAUUGGAAAAACAUCAUCUAAUCUAAUAGAUACAUCUUCAUCAUCGAUUAAAAUCAAAAAAGUAAGAUCAUCUAAAUAAAAUAUUUCUAAAGAAAGUAUUGUAUUUGUAUAAUGA